AUGUCAGCAUAUAUGCACAAGAAGAAGUAUAAAUUAGCUAUGAAGUUACUACAACUUACUUUAACAAAUAGGGAACUCACACAGUAUCAAAGAGAUAAGCACGACCAUGUUGACCUUGAAAUGCCUAUGACAAAAUUAAGAUUAAAGUUACUUCAAAAUGCUCUUUAA